GACACGUGAGCCCCGCGGGAUUGGUGUACCUAUGCUCGAGGUCGUCGUGUAUGGUGCUGAAAGGUGGUGAACGUGUUGCCUAAGGCCGUUAAGGGCGGUCCGUGAUGUUUCGCUGCCGGAGAGUUUAGGUGUACGGAUUAUCGGGGAUAGAGCACGACCUGAUAAGGCAUGCUAUGCGUCAGAGCACCGGAAACGGAGGUCCGCGCAGAAGAUGACGGGGUUAAGUAGAUAAAGGGAGCAGCCUGCCGCCAUCGACGGACGAUUCCCCCGGCUCUCUCUUUCUCACCGCAGCGCACAAUGCUCUGCCAUCGCGCCCUUGUCGUUCUCUUCGCUGUCAACGUGCCAAUCGUGACGGGGCUAGAGCCAGACUUCGUUUACCCGCUGGAGAACGUAACGAUCCCUCAGGGUCGAGACGCUACCUUCACCUGCGUGGUGAACAACCUCGGUGGAUACCGGGUGAGUCCUUCCUCCUCCGCGAGCGGAGAUCACUCUGGCAGCGGCAAGGCCCGGGUGGCGUGGAUCAAAGCGGAUACCAAGGCGAUCCUGGCGAUUCACGAGCACGUGAUCACGAACAACGCCCGCCUGUCGGUAACUCACAGCGACUACAACACGUGGACGUUGCACAUUCGCGGAGCGCGGCGGGAGGAUCGCGGGAUUUACAUGUGUCAGGUCAACACGGAUCCCAUGAAAAGCCAGAGCGCGUUUUUGGAGGUGGUAAUACCGCCAGACAUCAUCUCGGAGGAGACCACGAACGACCUGAUGGUUCCCGAGGGAGGGGCCGCGAAGCUGGUGUGCAAAGCGCGCGGCUACCCCAAGCCCGAGAUCAUGUGGAGGCGGGAAGACGGCACCGAAAUCAUUUCGCGUACCGGCCUCUCCGGCGGCAAGACAAAACUACCCACUGCAGAGGGCGAAACGCUGACUUUGUCGAAAGUAACGAGAGGCGAGAUGGGCGCCUACCUGUGCAUCGCCAGCAACGGAGUGCCUCCGACAGUCAGCAAACGAAUGAUGUUGCACGUGCACUUUCACCCGAUGGUCCAAGUGCCGAACCAGCUGGUCGGGGCCCCGACUGGAACCAACGUCACGUUAGUUUGCCACGUGGAGGCGUCACCCAAAGCCAUUAAUUACUGGACUCGGGAGUCGGGCGAGAUGAUAAUCACCAACAGCAAGUACGCGAUGUCCGAGAUGAAGACGUCGGUGUACAGCGUGCAGAUGCGGCUGGUGAUCAUGAACCUGCAGAAGCAGGACCUGGGUGGCUACAAGUGUAUCUCGAAGAACUCCAUCGGCGACGCCGAGGGGAACAUCCGGCUUUACGACAUGGAGCUGCCUGAGCACUCCAAGAUCGGCAACCGGAGAUUGGAGGACGACGCGGAUGAGUCGAUCGGCGAUCGCGAUCACAGACUGAACCGCGUGUAUCAAGGCUCCCUGAGGGAAACGGGCUCGACCCUGGAGCCGGCGUUCGACGCGGACGACAAUUCGGCGUCGACCACGUCGAGGGAGAACGCGCCGCCGGCCGUCGGCGUCGUCCUGAUCGGCAUCGCGCUGAACCACUUGCUCGCUUCGACGUAAGAUAGACGUAACACGCCCUACGACUAAACCUGAACUAGUUCGCUCACAGCUCGAUUCUCCCGGCUGCGGGGGAGAUUGCGAGAUAAGCAGCGGGGAAUAGUCCCGCCGAGUCGCGUUCCCGGCGUCUUCCGCGAAAUCAGCCGACGUCCACCGUAGCGGGUGUCGAUACCUCCGCGUCGAUACCGCCACGAGAGACGAUACCUCGACUACGCGGGAGCGACUGAUUAGACGACCACGUGGCAUCCCGGCCACGCGAACGGGACACGUCGCGAGACUCACCGCGAGUGAACGACGAGAGAGUUCGGACGCGAAAAUCAUCAGGGGGAAAAGGAAGAAAAGCAAAAAAAAGAAAUAAUAUCGCGAGAGCAUUAAAUGCGCGAGCGUAACGUAUAGCUCACGGUAUGUGUAUAUAUAAUAUAUCACGGUUUUAAUUACGCGUAACAAUCUUACAGCAGUCCGGUUUCCUCCAAAUAGACACCACACGCCUGCGUUCUCGUUUAUUUAUAUCGUUCGCGCCGUAUAAACUGACGGAUUAAAAUUACGUAUGCGGAAUUCGCGGCGGCCUCCAUCAACGUCAACUCGGCGCGGUAAUUAAACACCUGCCGGCUCGCAUUUUGAUGAUGAAGGAAACGCAUUUGUAAAAUUCUAUUUAAAAAGCGAGGCAACAAACGCUAAUAUUAAUUUUCACGUGCAAAUAACGGAGGUACGAGUAGACCGUAAAGAGAGAAAGAGAGAGAGAGAGAGAGAGAGAGCGUCCGUGUAUUAACAAGCGACACGUUAAAUUAAGUCACAUGGAACGUAACGCGUGUCACACAUAAAAAUAGCGUGCGGUACUCGACGAGAUGUCGGAUCGGCCGUCAACACGCUCAAAGGCCACCAAUAUGGACGACUUUUAUUCUCAAAGGAGACAAACGGCAGUUUUGGCUGUUUCCAGGCGGACGUUUCAAAUGUCGUUAAACAGAUUUUAUGUGUCACGCAGGGUUGGGAGAUAACGUGUUAUCGCUGUAAAUUAUUCUUUUUCACUGAUAACUCCAUAACAAAGUUAUUUUUCUUCGUUAGCAACGACAACGGUAACGCAAUUACAUUUUACACACAACGGUAACGAAUAUGUAACCGUCACUUUUAAUAUUACUUUGUAAAGAUAGAAUAUAUUUAUAUAGGAUGGAUAGCAGCGAGUCAAAUAAAAAUAUACUUCAAAACUUGAUGGAAAAUAAUAAAAAUUGUGACGACUUGCUUUUCAAAGCUUGAGUAACGGCAAAGAUAUGCGACGUUUGUUCAGUGGGUAAAAGGUGAUGAUAAUGAGUUAAGUCUGUAACCCAUGAUAUGUUUUCUUUCGUGUUAAAUCACAUGCAAGAUACCGGACAUGCUGGAUACGAAGCUAGAAAUUUUGUACGGAGCGUGUGCUUGUCAUGCGUGCUCACAUGCUGAGUUUCAAAACCUAGAUCGUUAUUAUUUUUCUUUAUUCCUUCUAGUCAAGAAAGAUAGAUGUAUUAUAUGACUUAUUGAAAUUAGUGCGGUGCA